ACUACUCGCUGCUUUCACAAAAUUUAGAAGCGAUCCACCACUCAGUCACGUACCUGCGCAUCGCAUCUCGUGUCCGAUCAUGGACGCCGACGCCUUGCGGAGCCUCGCUGCGUCCGCGCAACCCAUCCAGUUCCCUACAUACAAUGAAGCAAAUAGCGAACGGACAGCGCAGGAGGUCGCCGCUGCUGCUGCAGGCUAUGCGCCUGCCGACUCGAUCGAUCCCAAUAUUUCGAACUACGAUCUGAACGCGCAAGACCAAGACGGAACACUACCUUUACAAACACACCUCCAUAACGACGACGCCGACGUCGCAUCCGAACACGUCCAGUCACUGCGCAGUCCACAGCAGACACGCGCGACUCGAGCAGAACAAAACGCCCCUUCUACAGUUUCAUACCCUCCCCCUACAAAUGGUACCCUGUCGCAAGACGACACCCAGAACCAGCAGGAUGUCUCACAAGAUCAGCCCGACUAUGUAUGGAGAAAUGCCUCGUCUGCGUUUCCCAAAGGUACGCCGCAGCCGAAUACUCGAGCGCAAUCCAAGCAGGCGCAAGUCUACACUACUCCAAAUGGCUUAGUACACUCGGACCCGUGGGUAUCACAUUUCUAUGAGCCCGCGCAGCCCAACACUCCUACGUCCAACAACAAUGAAGAUGUCGAUCCCGCCAUUGCUGCGAACCCAUUCAGCGACCGUUUUCCAUUGAUCCCUAACCCUCCAGAUCUCGAGGCCUGGCGGCACAAACUAUUCAACGUUACUGAACCGCUUGUACUAUCGGAAGAAGAAUACCUGACAUAUUUCCCACACGUCGACAAUGUCUACUCGCACCGCUCUACUCAGAAAUACAAGCGAAAACCAUUUGUCAGCCAUUACUGGGAUUGCCGACUCAAGGGCCGACCAAGUGGCACCCCCAAGAGUACAGAUCCGAACAAGAAGAAGCGUAAGCGUCAAGCUCGGGAACGAGAUUUGUGUGAUGUCAAAAUCAAGGUCACGGAGUUCUUCAGUGCCGAUGAAGCGCGAAAUCAAGGCAUGAACGCUGUCACAGACCCAAGUGGAAUGGACGGAACGGACAACAUUCCCACUGACCCUGCUCUUACCGGACAGAGCGGGCUUACCAUCGUCCUCGAAGACGGUGUCAACGGCAAUGGCCCACCCACCAACCCAACUGACCCCAAUUUCGGUCUCCUUGAGUUGCCUCGCCGUCUGCCGGAUGGUCACCCUGGUGCCAACGGUAACCGAUGGUUCACUAUUCAGCGUGUGCGCGGAAACCCAGGCGGGGGCGCCGUGAAAGAAAAGCGUGACAGCAUUGCCAACGGAGAGGCUCCCGAGGAAGAAGAUGACUCUACGUUGUUUGACCCGAACCUAGACCUAGAUCACAAACAUACUCUGGACGAAAGUGAUCGAAUCAAGAAAAAUACUGUGCAGAGAUGGCUGUUGAAGGAGGAAAAGGAGAAGAAGCGUCAGAGCAAACUGCCCACGCCGGCAGUCACCAAUCCAACACCGACGACCACGGAAACAGCGAGUCCUACCUUCCGGGCCAGUGGUAUGGCCUUCUUUACCGCCCGCAGUCAUGCGAUUCCGGUGCCGUCCAAAAUGAUAUUCUACGCGAACAGUUUUUGUCCUUUUGCGCAACGAGUCUGGAUUGCCCUUGAGGUCAAAGGUGUCCCAUACCAAAUGGUGGAGGUCCUGCCUGCACACUUGGACACAUACCGUCCACCAGAAUUGUUAGAAGUCAACCCAGAAGGACAAAUUCCUUGUAUCCGCCAUGGCAAUUGGGCUGUGUGGGAAAGCGGAGUCAUGCUGGAGUAUCUCGAGGACUUGGCCCUGGGACUCGGUCUGCUGCCAUUGGGCAAUGCACAAUUGCGAGCUCACUGUCGGCUAUGGACAGAUCAUAUCAAUCGCAAGAUCUUGCCCAGCUUCUACAGUCUACUGCUCACGCCACCUCCUCACCAUCACCAGCAGCGAAAUGGACCUGAUAUCGAUGGCGACCUCGACAUGCACAGCCAGGCCCAAGCCCGAGCGGCAAGUGCUGUACAACACGAAAUGCUCAUCGCUACCCUGCAGAAGAACAUCACCUCCCUAGUCAAUGCUUCACACGCCACUGGUCCGUUUUUCUUAGGCAGUGAGAUCGGCUUCGUGGACGUCAUGUUCGCGCCAUGGAUCAUUCGACUGUCUCGGGUGUUGAGCUACUAUCGCAACUUCCCACGACCUGAGGUCGGGACACGUUGGCGCCUGUGGGUCGACGCCAUUGAAGCGGACGACCGUGUGAGACGCACUAUUUCGGAUGAGAAUUCCUAUCACGGCAUCUACCGUGGUGUUGGCGAGGAUGGCUGGGAUCCUCUCUCGUCUCGCGACGCCUAUGGACAUAAGAAGGCGAUGGUCGAAUUGGAGUAUGCUAAGCGUGUCGUCGCUCAAGAAGGCUUCGGACUCGGCGGAGAUGUCUGGGGACGCAUGAGAGAGGAAGAACAGAGACAUAUGGGUUCUUAGAAGGAUCGCAGCUGAUACGUCUUGUGGACUUUGCAAGCAUGGCUAAAGAGUUUCUCAUGGUGAGCAUGGCAAUACGGAUAGAGGACACCAAGGACAUGCUUAAUUCGGAGAGUCAUGGAUGGCUGCUGUGUAGGAUUAGAUAGCAUCACAUCGAACAGCCGAAGCUAAGGGAGAUGAAACAUUCAAUAGCUAAUGAUCAAUCAUC